UUAAUCUAUGUCGUUGCGAAGAGGUUAUCGAAUAUUUUCUUACUUAUUCUAUAUGUUUGCAAGGUUUACAGACAUUUUAAUAAAAAAAAAAAAAAAAAAAAGAAAAAAAAAAAAAAGAAUAAUUUUAACUUUUAUAUGUAUUUUUGUACAGUUUUUAUUUUUAUAUAUGCAUUAUUUGUGAUUAGAAAAAAAUCAAGAUAAUUUUUGUAAAAAUCUUUGUUGUGUAUUUUUGUAUAAUCUUGUUGUGUAUUUUUGUAUAAUCUUGUUGUGUAUAAUUAUAUAACCUUUUUAUUUAUUUUAUUAUUGAACUUUUUAAAAUUAUUAGAAAUUAUUAAAUAAAUAAACUAAUUUAUAUAUAAAAAAAUAUACAAAAUAUAUAUAUGUGACAUGUAGAAAAACUAAUUUGUAUUUAAAAAAUAUAAAAUAUAUACAUCUUUAUGAUUCUCUUCGAAUCGUGUAACGAGUAGAGCAUACUUUUCCUUGAUUCUGAUCAUUGGUUUGUGUUUCUGUUAAGGAAAAUCUUUAUAAUUCUGAAUUUAAAAUAACACAGAUUUUCCUAAAAAAUGGCAUAUCGUGAUCGUGAACGUAAUGAUAGAAGAGGAGGAGGAGCACGUGGUGGAGGCCGUUUUAAUGGUCGAGAUGGAAAUAGUGGAGGUGGAAGAUUUAGUAGUAAUUCCAAUAGAGAUAGUAAUUUUGGAAACAAUAAUUUUAAAAACAGACAACCUGGAGAACGGUUACGGAAACCAAGAUGGGAUAUGAGUACAUUACAACCAUUUAGAAAAGAUUUUUAUCAGCCACAUCCUAAUGUUACAACUCGAAGUUCACAUGUAGUUGAAGCUUAUCGUUCUGAUAAAGAAAUUACUGUGAAAGGAACAAAUGUACCAGGUCCAAACAUAUAUUUUGAGGAAGGUGGAUUUCCAGAUUAUGUGUUAAAUGAAAUUCAUAGACAAGGUUUUGGAGAACCAACUGCAAUUCAGGCACAAGGUUGGCCUAUUGCUUUAUCUGGACGUGACAUGGUUGGAAUUGCUCAAACUGGAUCUGGAAAAACAUUGGCAUAUAUUUUACCAGCAAUUGUACAUAUAAAUCAUCAACCAAGAUUAAAUCGAAAUGAUGGACCUAUAGCUCUAAUUCUGGCACCAACAAGAGAACUUGCACAACAAAUUCAACAAGUUGCAUCAGAUUUUGGUAUCUCAUCACAAGUAAGAAAUACUUGUAUUUUUGGUGGAGCUCCAAAAGGUCCUCAAGCUCGUGAUCUUGAACGAGGUGUUGAAAUUUGUAUAGCAACACCUGGACGUCUUAUUGAUUUUUUAGAACGAGGUACAACAAAUUUACGUAGAUGUACAUAUUUAGUACUUGAUGAGGCUGAUAGAAUGCUUGAUAUGGGUUUUGAACCACAAAUUAGAAAAAUUGUAGAACAAAUACGACCUGAUAGACAGACUCUUAUGUGGUCUGCAACAUGGCCAAAAGAAGUUCGUAAUCUUGCAGAAGAAUUUUUAACUGAUUAUAUACAAAUUAACAUUGGUUCUCUACAAUUAGCUGCUAAUCAUAAUAUUCUCCAAAUUGUUGAUGUAUGUGAAGAAUAUGAAAAAGAGGGUAAACUUAUGAAACUUUUAGAAGAAAUAUCAAAUGAACCAGAAAAUAAAACUAUCAUUUUUGUUGAAACUAAGAGAAAAGUAGAUGAUAUAACACGUGCAAUUAAUAGAUAUGGAUGGCAAGCAAUUGGCAUCCAUGGUGAUAAAAGUCAACAAGAAAGAGAUUAUGUAUUAAAUCAGUUCCGGAAUAGCAGAUCUGCCAUUCUAGUAGCUACAGAUGUUGCAGCAAGAGGAUUAGAUGUGGAAGAUGUUAAGUUUGUGAUAAAUUUGGAUUACCCGUCCAAUUCGGAAGAUUAUGUACAUCGGAUCGGACGUACGGGACGGUCACAGCGUACCGGAACCGCGUACGCAUUUUUCACUCCCGGUAAUGCACACAAGGCUAGUGACUUAAUACAAGUUUUAGAAGAAGCAAAACAAGUUGUAAAUCCUAAAUUAUACGAAUUAUCGAGAAAUCCAGGCAUUUAUAAAAGAGGUCGUUAUGGAGGACGUAGCGGAGGUGGCAGUGGACGUGGUUCUGGAGGCCGCGGUGGCGGCGGUUCACGAGGUUCGCGAGGAGGUCGUGAUGGAGAUAGAGGUGGAAGAUUUGAUCGUUCUAAUAAUGGUAGUGGUGGAGAUCGAGGAAAUAAAUGGAAUGGCAAUAAUAGCAGUAUGACUUCAAAUAAAAAUUGUGGUAUGGGAAGUGGCAGUUAUAAUAGUAAAGUAUUUUCUCAAAACAAUUAUGGUGGAGGCUCUGGUGGUGGUUCCAACAGUUAUAGUCAAAAUGGUGGAUAUGGAGGAAGCGGGGGAGGAAGUAGUGGCAGUAAUUAUAGACAAAAUGGUUAUUAAUUUUAAAAUAAUUAAUUUUAAGAAAAACUUUUAUGUAAUAUAGUAAAAAAACAAGAAAGAAACAGAAAAAUAUUCUAUUUCAUUAGAACAUGUUUUCUAUGUAGUGUAGUUUUUAUCAUGACUAAACAUGUUCUGUUCAAAUAGAAUAUUUUUUCUAUAUAACGUGCUUCUUACGCUAACUAAACAUAAAGUAGAAUAAAAUUCACGUAAUAGCGAUUAAAACAAUAUAAUUAAAUGUAUUAGAAGAUUUAGAUUAUGAUAAUUUAAGGAUAUUAAUAAGCAUUCUUUUUUAUAAUAAAAAAAAAAAAGAAAAAAGAAAAAAAUGUACAUGUAAAUGUAAUAGCAGAUCACAUUACUGCUGAUUUUUAACUUCGAUUUUUGCAAAUAUAAUAUUAUUUUCAUGGAAUUUUAUGCUUCAUUGUUUGAAAAUGUUAGAUACUUAAUAUAGAUUAGAAAAAAAUAAAAACGAAAAUUUAAUUAUAAAAUAUAAUAAGAAAUAAUAAAAAAUAAUGUUUUUUUAAAUAAAGGAGAUUAAGAAACAUAAAUAAUGAAAAAAAUUAAUUUCAAAACAAUUAGAUUAAUAAUAAUAUUAUAAUUUGUGGUAAUUAUAAAUAUUGUUUAAUUUACAGAAAUUCGAUUCUUCUGUAAGUAUUGACAUAAAUUGUAAAUGCAUGAAUUAUUUAUAUCAUUUCAAAUAUACAAUACAUUGCACUGUAUUAAAGGGGUAUAAAACUCUAUGCAUUAUAAUAUUAAAAAUUUAAUAAGAUAAUAUGAAUAUAAAAUAUUUAAAUAAUUUUAGAUAAAAUUCUAUAUAUAUAUAUAUAUAUAUAUAUAUAAAUAUAUAAAUAUAUAUAUAUUUAUAUUUAUAUAUAGAUUCCUUAUUCAGAAAAAAUUGCAUUCAUUAAAUUUUUUAUUAAAUUUAAGGGUAUUAUAUUAAAAAAUCAUAUUACUUUGAGAUAUUGUUAUAAUUAUUAUAUUUUUCAUACGUAUUUUGUCAAAAAGAAAAAAAAAUGAUUAUUACAUUUAACAUUAAUAUCGUUCAUAAAAUAUUACAAUGAUAUGUGUCGUUGUGAAUGAUUAAUGUUAAUGCUUUAAAAAAAGAUAUUUAUCAUUUAAGAUAAAGAUUUAUCAUAUGAUCCAGAUCAGAAUCUAUUGAUUCAUUCCAAUAUUCUCUACAAUUACACUUUAGCGAUAUUAUUAGAGCUAUAACUGCCGAUUACGUGUGCCUGUCUAAUUAUUUUUGCGAUAAUAGAAUUCACAUUGUAACAUCAUUAGUCAUUUAUCAUAGUAUUUAUCAUAUAAUAUAUUUAUGUGUAAAUUUCAGUGUUUUAUAACUUUGCGUGAAUAUAUUUUUUGAUGUUAAAUAAAUUAAAAGAUCAUUAGAUCAGAA